AUGUGCGAGUGGGUAAGCAGCAAUUUGGGAGGGAGCGAGGAGGGGGGGAAGGAGGGAAUAAGCAGCGAGGAGGGGGGGAAGGAGGGAAUAAGCAGCGAGGAGGGGGGGAAGGAGGGAAUAAGCAGCGAGGAGGGGGGGAAGGAGGGAAUAAGCAGCGAGGAGGGGGGGGGGAAGGAGGGAAUAAGCAGCGAGGAGGGGGGGAAGGAGGGAAUAAGCAGCGAGGAGGGGGGGAAGGAGGGAAUAAGCAGCGAGGAGGGGGGGAAGGAGGGAAUAAGCAGCGAGGAGGGGGGGAAGGAGGGAAUAAGCAGCGAGGAGGGGGGGAAGGAGGGAAUAAGCAGCGAGGAGGGGGGGAAGGAGGGAAUAAGCAGCGAGGAGGGGGGGAAGGAGGGAAUAAGCAGCGAGGAGGGGGGGAAGGAGGGAAUAAGCAGCGAGGAGGGGGGGAAGGAGGGAAUAAGCAGCGAGGAGGGGGGGAAGGAGGGAAUAAGCAGCGAGGAGGGGGGGAAGGAGGGAAUAAGCAGCGAGGAGGGGGGGAAGGAGGGAAUAAGCAGCGAGGAGGGGGGGAAGGAGGGAAUAAGCAGCGAGGAGGGGGGGGAGGAGGGAGGAGGGAGGGGAGGGAAUAAGCGAGGAGGAGGGAGGGGAGGGAAUAAGCGAGGAGGAGGGAGGGGAGGGAAUAAGCGAGGAGGAGGGAAGAAGCGAGGAGGAGGGAAGAAGAAGCGAGGAGGAGGGAAGAAGCGAGGAGGAGGGAAGAAGCGAGGAGGAGGGAAGAAGCGAGGAGGAGGGAAGAAGCGAGGAGGAGGGAAGAAGCGAGGAGGAGGGAAGAAGCGAGGAGGAGGGAAGAAGCGAGGAGGAGGGAAGAAGCGAGGAGGAGGGAAGAAGCGAGGAGGAGGGAAGAAGCGAGGAGGAGGGAAGAAGCGAGGAGGAGGGAAGAAGCGAGGAGGGAGGGAAGAAGCGAGGAGGAGGGAAGAAGCGAGGAGGGAGGGAAGAAGCGAGGAGGAGGGAAUAAGCGAGGAGGAGGGAAGAAGCGAGGAGGAGGAGGGAAUAAGCGAGGAGGAGGGAAGAAGCGAGGAGGAGGGAAGAAGCGAGGAGGAGGGAAGAAGCGAGGAGGAGGGAAGAAGCGAGGAGGGAGGGAAGAAGCCAGGAGGAGGGAAUAAGCGAGGAGGAGGGAAGAAGCGAGGAGGAGGGAAUAAGCGAGGAGGAGGGAAGAAGCGAGGAGGAGGGAAGAAGCGAGGAGGAGGGAAGAAGCGAGGAGGAGGGAAGAAGCGAGGAGGAGGGAAGAAGCGAAGCGAGGAGGGAAGAGCGAGGAGGAGGAGGAAGAAGCGAGGAGGAGGGAAGAAGCGAGGAGGAGGGAGGGGAGGGAGGGGAGGGGAGGGGAGGGGAGGGGAGGGGAGGGGAGGGGAGGGGAGGGGAGGGGAGGGGAGGGGAGGGGAGGGGAGGGGAGGGGAGGGGAGGGGAGGGGAGGGGAGGGGAGGGGAGGGGAGGGGAGGGGAGGGGAGGGGAGGGGAGGGGAGGGGAGGGGAGGGGAGGGGAGGGGGCGUACAGUGGGAAUAA